AUGGCAGCUCAAAUCAUUCCAUCUUUUCCACCAAAUAACGUAGAAUCACCCAAUACUACAUCGUUAACUUACCCGAUAAUCUCCUUGCAACAACCAUCAAAGAAGAAAGGGUCUUCAAAACCGUCGAAAUUGUUCAAGCGUUUUCGUUCCAUUUUCAGGUCAUUUCCGAUCAUAUCGCCUACGUGCAAGAUCCCGGUUAGUCUCCACGGAAACCGGCAAUACGACAGUCAUAUCCACGGUGGGACACGAAUGACCGGUACCCUAUUCGGGUAUCGAAAGGCCAGGGUCAACCUUGACAUCCAAGAAAACUCUAGGUGCCUCCCCAUUUUAGUACUCGAGCUCGCUAUAACAACCGGAAAACUCCUCCAGGAGAUGGGAUCGGGGCUCGUUCGUAUUGCUUUAGAAUGCAAAAAGCGUCCAUCGGAGAAGAUCAAGAUCCUCGAUGAACCGAUAUGGACAUUAUUUUGUAACGGUCGAAAAUCAGGCUAUGGUUUAAAGAGAGAACCAACUGAUGAAGACUUAAUGGUGAUGCAAACUUUGAAGCCUGUUUCAACGGGGGCCGGCGUUAUAUCGACCGAAGCUUCGGAGAAUUCUGACGGAGAGUUGAGAUACAUGCGUGCAUAUUUCGAACGAGUCGUUAAUUCUCGAGAUUCGGAAACAUAUUACAUGAUGAAUCCGGAUGGUAACUCUGGUCCAGAGCUGAGCAUAUUCUUUGUCAGGGUUGGAUGA